AUUUAUAUUUUGUAUACCGCUUCCGGUGUCCCGCGUCCCUAUACCAAUACUUCCCGUUCGAAGGCUGUCGUUUCGGGGUUCGUUGACUCCGUUCAAAAGAUUGAAGCUUCUGUAGCCUGGGCGCAAAAAAACGCAGUUCUACGAACAAUUUCCUGUCCGGCGACACCUCCACCGGGGAAAGAAAAAAUGGCAAGCCUUUACAGGGGCCAAUCUAGGAAGGAAAAACCUAGAGGGCGCCAUCAUGGUUUAACUCAACAGAAGAGGCAGGAGAUAAAGGAAGCAUUUGAGCUAUUUGAUACUGAUGGCUCAGGUACCAUUGACGCCAAAGAAUUGAAUGUUGCCAUGAGAUCCUUGGGAUUUGAGAUGACAGAUGAGGUAUUACUUUCAGCUCAGUUAGUUGUGUGUGUGCGCUAAAGUAUUGUGCAGAUCCCAACUGAAGUGUCAGAUCCUUAGGUUGCAGUGUCUUUUUAUUUUUUUCAGACUUGAUUGAUAUUUACCAAUUGAUUGACAUCCUCUGUGAACACAUUGGUGUUUUGUUGGCCUCAUAGCAACAGAUUUAUUUUUAUUUCAAGUUUUGUUAUUCAGAUCCUAAAGUUCUUAAUUUUUUGAAUUCAUAGAAAGAAAAAAGAGACAAUUUCAUACAAAGUUCAAGAAUCUUCAGUUCUUAAUUAUGUUUCUCUGUAACUAACUUGCUUUCCUUCCGCUUUUUUCACCUCUAGCCGAAGUUCUUGGAAUAUUGUCUCUGACCUGUUUAUGCAUCCUCAUCUUGGCUGAAGCUAGAAAAGUUAAAAUUAGGAUGUUGAGAUGGAUGAGUGGUAAAACCAAAAAAGAUAAAAGAAGGAAUGAAUAAUUUAGAACUAUUUUAGGAGUAGCUCCAAUACAUAAUAAGUUUUGAGCAAGUCGCUUGGUGGCAUGGACAUGUGAUCACUAAAUGCACCGAUGAGGAGUGAUAUGAUUCAGAUUGGAGAGGCCAAAAGAGCCAGGGGCAGGCCUAAAAUGACAUUAAGAGAAAUGGUGAGAAAAGACAUGCAUAACUUUGGACUAGUAACAAGUAUGGAUUUGAAUAGACAUGAUUGGCGAAAAAGGAUCCAUGCAGCCAACCCCAUUUAGCUGGGAUAAGGUUGAGUUGAGUUCAGAUCUUCACUGAAGCUAAUAGUGUAAUAGUAUAUUCAAUUCUCUAACUGCAUCGUGGGUUCCUCUGGGGGAUGGAGAAGGUUUGCCGGGAUUAGUUCUAAUUUUCUUCCCCACCCCCCGCUUUUCCUUUUCCAUCACUAAUGAUAAUUGUGAAACAAACUAAUUAGAUCUGGUUUAGGUUUCCAAAAUGAAGAUUUUGUAUCCAUAUAGAUUGGUAAGAAAAUAGAGAAAGCAAACUGUACAUAGGACAUAGUUGUCAAGGUGCCUAGGCGACCAAAGGCGUUGGAGGGCUGCUUGAGCGCUUAGGCAACAAGGCACCCGCCUAGGUGCCCUAGUAUUUUUUGUAUGUAUCCAUUAUAUCUACUAUGGCAAUGAUAUAAUUAUGUUUAUAUGUUACAUCAUGAAUAAAUUAACAGCCCAUUAAAGCAAGUUAGCAACAACAUUACAACAACAAUAAACCCAAUGAAUAGAUGCUAUUAUACUGCCUUGGUUUGCUGCUGUAGAAACAAUUUCCCUGGACAGCCUUUUUCCUUUUUUAAUUUUUUUUACCCGUCCCUUUCUAACCUUUCUAUUUUCUUACUAUAAGAAAACAGAAAUUGAUUCUGAUGUAGAUCGAGCUUGUUAGAGAAGAGGCCUGCUGGUUCCUUUGAACCAGGUCCAAUGUUGGACCAGCUAGCCCUCACCUAGGCCCAUCGAGCUAGCCAAACCAGGGAAAAUAUUGUUCACGGGUUACUGUUCACAUGAACAGUAACCCCUGCAGAUUUGGUCUUGUGAAGAUCUUAUAGAAGCAGCCAGCUGUCCCUCAUUGUUGAAGAAAGAAGCAUCAAAGGAGUCCAGCAGCAAUCGAAUUGGCUUAGUAGAGUAGGAUUUAUUUUAAUUGCUUUAAUGGGUCCUACUCCGACAAGGAUUUGUUUUAACUGCUUUACAUAUUCUUUGUUGGAGUUUUAGGUUUAUUUUUGGGAAGUCUUAUUUAGAGUUGGACUAUGUUUUUAAGUUGUUUUUGUUGGAAAAAGUCAUUAAUUAGUUAGUAGCUUAAGUCCUAUGUUAAGUAGGUUUCCUAUUUUAAGUUGGAGUCAUAAACCUCUAUAAAAGGGGUAUUGCUAUAACUUUGAGACAAGUUGAAUAGAUGAAAAAUUGAGUGUUAAUUGAGGAGUGUUAAGUCUUGACUGAGAGAGCUGUUAUUUGAGAGAAUGAGAUGCCUAAAAUAGAGGGUGAGAUACCCAACACAACCACUUCUUCACCUUCCAACCCUCCAUUUGAUUUUAUCUUAUUCUGAGUUGUGAGAUUAGUGUUUGAAGAUCAUCUUCAAGACCAGCAACUAUCUGAGAUCAGAUCAUCCCAAAUCAGCCAACGGACCUCUGCCAGAAUUAGGGUUUUGGGUCCUAAUCGACUUCCCCAAGAAUUCUCAACCUAGAAGCCACUUUUCAAAGCCUUUUUAGGGGUUUGUUGGGGACAACCAAGGCUGGAACUCGACCAGGUUUGGAGCAAGGUUUAAGAUCUCGCUCUCACCCCUUAUCUCGUAGAUAAAAAAAAGAGAGAUUUGGCGAGAUGUUGAGAUCAUGUAUUUUUUCCCCAUUCGACUCGGUGGUUGGUCUAGGUGAUAUAUGGUCUUUAUAGCCCUUGAAACUUGGUAUUUACCCUUUUUUAGGCCUUCUAAACACAAUGAAAACAUUAGCCUAAAAUGGUACUUUGACUUUGUACCCUAUGUAAGUAGUCUCUGACUCUUUAGACCCUAGACUAGUUUGCUCUAUUCCACAACCUACAAUCCAUGUAGAUAGAAGUAUGAAAAGGACCCCCCCCCC